CUACCUUACUAUGGACCAGACACGAAAACUGAUUUUGCUGCUCGAAUCUGACCCCAAGGCUUAUGCUCUGCCAUUAGUUGGAGUUUGGCUAAGUGGAGUCACUCAUAUCUGUAGUCCUCAAGUUUGGGCCUGUUGCUUGCGAUAUUUAUUCAGUUCUUCAAUUCAAGAAAGGGUUUUUUCAGAAUCUGGGAGUUUUCUUAUUGUGCUUUAUUCAUUGACACACAAGGAACCAGAGUUUUACGAAUGUGUUCCGUGCAGUGGACAGACUGAGCCAGCAUUUCAGAUCUUAACUUGCAACGAAACAGUACACCUUUUCAAAGAUGUUGAACCUUCAGACAAGAGCCCUAUCCGGUUUGAGCUGAGUGCAGAAAACCAAAAUGCAGAAACUGAGUUCUUCAGCAGAGUUUGCAAGAAACUUCCUAUUAGAAGUUCUUCCCAAGGCUGUUCACCCAGCAAGUUGUCAGCCAGCGAUCAUGACUCUGGUGUAGAAGAUGAGGAUUUAUCCCCCAGACCAAUUCCAAGUCCUCACCCAGUGAGUCAACAGCUUACCAGGAUCUUUCCUUCGGUUCCUGAAUUGUCCCUUGUUUUGGAUGGGAGUUUCAUAGAAUCAGGACAACUGUCUAAGCCUACGGAGACUUCAGUUGCUAAAGGUCUACCCUCAGCAGUACAUCAGCCUAUUAAAAAGAAAUGGUGCUCAGGAUCUGCAUAUUACCCCACCCAGCACUCUGAAGACAAGCAAAACUUUCCUGCUAAUAUGGGAGAUCCUUCUCUGAGACAAUUACCAAACCAUUUAAACCAGAAAAUUCCAACUUCAAGGCCUUCUGGAGGAAAGCAAGUUCUACCACAGCAACAAUUGCCCUGUAAGAAAGCUUGUACUCAGUCAAGAAAAAGUUCUGGAUCUUUGUCUCCUUCAACCCCUUGUAGUGGGCCUUCCCCAGAUACAUCCGUGCAUCACCCCAGAAAGCCUUCAGAAAGACUCGUGUUAAAUCCCAACAGAGUCACACGGCAUGGAGAGCCUCCCAUUAGAAGAACCUCAAUACCUGGUUCCAAGCAGCUUCCUGCUGUUAUUCAGCCAGUCCUCUACAACUCUGCAUUUUCACCACAGAGCUGCAGAAGACCUCCAGAGAUUCAGGUGCAAUCUUGCUGUCCAGCCAGCACAUGCAGCUGUCAGGUUUCUGAUUCUUUCCAACAUGACCCGAUAAAGUUGUGGCAAGGAAUUGGUAAAAUGAGCCCCAAACACGGAGUGGAAAUCCAGUCAGAGGUGGCUCAGGAGAACUUGUGUACAGUUCUUCAUCAAAACAUCGUGUGCCCAAAUAUUUGCUGCAACCCAGGAUAUACCACGAGCAGCCCUAUAAGCAUGGGCUGUCAUGGGAAGAUGGGGACCUGUUCUUUUGACAACAGCUUAUCACCUGGAACAAGGCUGCUUUCGAGUGCAGGCCCCCCCGGUCCCCAGUUCUGUGCAGCCCACUCGCCGUGCCUGUACCUGCCCGCUGCUGCCACCGGAGCAGACAACGGGAUGAUGGGCUUAUCUCCAGAUGCAUACAGGGUCCUGACAGAACAAGACAGACAACUCAAAUUGCUUCAGGCCCAGAUCCAGCGCUUACUGGAAGCACAGGCUGCUGGGGCUUGCUCCCCUGCCCCAGCUGUGGCCAGCCCUGCUCUGCAGCCCGAGAAGCAAGGGGACCUUGUUUCUAUGGAAACCCAGACCUCGCCGGGUGCCCACCCAAGGAAGAGUGCGAGCGUUGCUGUCAGCACAGGUGCUAGCUUAUUUUGGAACACAGCCUCAGAAAAACAAGAUGAUUCCAUGCUACAAGGAAAAAAAGAGGAUGGAGAGAUUUCUAAGGAAGACAUAAGCAUUUCAAUUAAUGCGGAACAAGAUGCAAGUAAUACAAGUAUUGCUUCUUCCUUAAAGGUGGUUGACAUGCCCAGCUUUGUAGACAGCAUUCAUCUUGUGGAAGAAGGAACUAAUCGGAACACUCUCCAGAGUGGAAAUGUUUCCCAAGCCCUUGUUGGCAGUUCAUCACUGGAAGAAAGUGCCGGCGUGUCUCUGCAGAAAGAACCAACAGAGGGAGCCAACAACCACGUGGUGGUAACCAGUGAGCAAAACUCGGAGCCACCUGCCUCCUUACCACCUUGGCAUCCAUCAGAGGAUCAGAAGCUUUACCAGGACUUACUGGGCCAAGUAAACCACCUCUUAAAGUCCUCAGAAGAGCAAGAUCACUUGUCUGUAAAAUCGGGAAUUGUUAAUGAUGAUGGUCCUAAAUAUCAUCAGGAUGUUGAUGAUGCAACAGAAAUGGCUUCAGAGUGUGACAUGGGAGUGGUGGAUAAGGAGAGUGUGAUCAGUGCUACACUCAAACAGCUGAAGAGUCUUGGAGUGACAAUUGACUCACCUGGCAAAAUGAAGAAAAAUACACACAAAGUGGAGAAUGCCAGCAUCUUGGCGUGCAUCAGUCCUGAAGCAGUGGUUCCUGGGCUGAGUUACGUGUCGUUGGCCAAUGUCAGCAUGUGCGGCUUGGCUUCUAACGUCGUUGACCUGAGCAUGGAAGCAAAUGCCAUCGCCCUCAAGUACCUCAGUGAGAAUCAGUUGUCUCGACUCUCUCUCAGUCGCUCGGGCCAAAAUCCACCUGUUGAUUUCUCUUUCCAAGACAUCUUGCAUACAAAUACAGACAGGAGCAUGGUGGGUCUUAGCUUAAUUUCACCGAACAAUAUGUCUUUUGCAACCAAGAAGUACAUGAAGCGCUAUGGGCUGAUACAGGGCAGUGACAGCAGUGAAGACGAAGAGCAACUGCAGGUUCAGGAGAGCAGUUCUGGCACCAUCAAAAGCGAAAGCAGGCUGGAUGAAAACUGUACCCCUGGGCUGGGUGGCUUCAACGGCUGGACUGAAUUAUCCAAAAGAAUUGAUGGAAAAUUUCCCAUUCAUCUAAAAAGUCACAGCAGAGAGCUGACUACCAGCGCUUCUCCGCCAGAAUUAAACAGCCCUGUAUUAAAAAAUAUUACAAAUGAAAUUUUUCCUCUCAGAGCAGAUCAAGCAGAUGAAAACUCAGGUCUGAUUUUAAAGGAUUUGAAGUCAAAACCCAAAUUAUUGCCUGGGAGGGUUGAAGUCACUAAGCAGCCUGGCCAAAAAGACAAUGGGGAUGUUCAGGUCUUCCCUGGAAAUCUGCAUACUCCAGCCCUUGAACCAUUAAACCAGUCGAACAGCUUGAAUUCUGUUGGUACCAUUCUCGAUGUGAAACAACUCAGGCAGUUGCCAAAGUUGUUCUGA